UGCAAGGAUAUAAAACACACUUUGGACUAAAAAAAACUGUAGGUUGACUUCUGUGCGUAAGAUUUCACCUUGAUCUACUGGAUCGCAGGUAAACAGAUUCACUAUGAACUCCUUGAAUUUCUGCGGGGCGUCUGGCGGUGGUGUGUAUCCCCUCCAUGGUGUGAAUUCCAUGCUGUUCGACCUUCGCCACCAGAUGGCGGAGCAGUACCACGCUUACUCUGCAGCAGCCCCGACGGUCCACACCUUCUCCAUGGCGGAGAGGCUGGCAGAGCUUAUCCUUGAAGCUCGCUAUGGUAACCAGCAAAAGCAGCGCCGCAGCCGCACAGCAUUCACAGUGUCACAGCUGCAAGCUCUGGAGAAAGCCUUCCAACAAACGCAAUACCCAGAUGUUGGUAUGAGGGAGAGGCUGGCUGUUUGCAUCAACUUGCCUGAGGCUCGCAUUCAGGUGUGGUUUAAAAACAGGAGAGCAAAGUUUCGUAAAGGUCAGAGAUGCUCCUCUAUCUCAAGAGACAGUUUGGAGGAAGCACAACACAACUGUAAAAUGGAACUGGAGAAAGAAAUGACUGAAGACAAACAGAACACCACUACAUCACACAUGGACAGCAACAUCCCUCCGCACUGUCCUCCUCCUCCUCUUCCUCCUCCUCAUGUGGAUAAAAGCAGUGACUCAGACUCUGAUAUCUCACGGUGCCCCCUCACACUACACUCUCCUUCACUUUUCCCCAUCAUGGCAGGGGAGUGUUAUGGUCAUCUACCUCACCAACCAGUUCUGUCCUCUGAGCUUGCCCUCCCACCGCUGUUCUGGCCAAUUAUACAACAGCACAGCUCUGCCUUGGGAGUUCCUCCAUCAGUUACCAAAAAACUGUGGCCUCUCUCUUCAGACUGCUUGCUCUAGUAAAACUGUGUGUCACCCUCACUGGGGGUGUAGAUGAGAUCUGAGAGAGACAAAGACCAAGAGAGACCUGAGAUCUCUGCCCCUCGUGGACUCUAUAGCAUUCCUGUGCAGAAACAGAUACUACCACCGAGAAUAUAGUACAUCUUUAUUCCAUAAUUUUCAUGGAAUGCCUGUUUGCUUAAAAGGAUAUAAAACUGAACAUCAGACCCCCAGGUUGUAUUUUUAUGGGGCAGUUGUAUAAGUGGUUGAAAGGAAAGUUGUUUAUCCAUCUAAUUUUAAUUGCAAUGUCUGCAAUACUUAAGUUUGUUGUUGUCCUCUUCAGCACUGUUUAGCUGGCAACAUUGCUAAAGAAGCUGUAGACAGUGGCAAGAGACUUUGGGAAAGACUCCUUAUUGUAACCCCAAACUGUAGCAUAGAUUUGUUUAAUAAAAUUAUUUGGACCUUAUCUUGACUUCUUUG